GAUUUGAUUUGAAAAAGUGAACCCUAUGUUUACAUUCAAUUUGUAGCGAAUGACUUUCCCUGAUCAGCUUUUCGUGUUACUGAUGACGCCUUCUUGGUGAUGAUUGUUUAUCCUCUCCUCUCUUCAAGUCUUGCCCUCUCCUUUUGACUGUAAAUUAUUGUGCAGGAUAGAGGGCCAACGACAUCGAGCUUCCUCCCAUGAAUUUAAGUGUCACACUAAACUGUUAACGAAAAUAUUGAAAAAGUAAAAAGAAACAAAUUAGAAAUCGCAAAAGUCAACUCCCCUCUUGAUAAGUGCGAGGGUUUUUUUCAACUAUAUAAGGACGAUGGUUUCAAGUCAAUCAGCAUCAGUUUCCAGUCAUUCACUGGAGUAAACAAAUCAACUUACUUGAGUUUUGAAUAUUUAUUUUGUGAUCAACAGUUACAUUAAAACAGCCAGCCAUGAGGACUCUUGUCUUGUUGCUUUUGGUUGCCGUUGUAGCCAUCGCCUUAAUUCAAGUCACCCAAGGAGACCACUGGGGUAAGAAAAAGGUUCAACAUUUAUGGCAUCACCAUCGUCACGAUCAUCAUCAUCACCAUCACCACAAGCAUAAGCAAGAUCACAAACACGGUCAUUGGCAUGAUCACAAGCACAAGCACAAGGCUGACAAUGAACACAAACACGGACAUUGGCAUGAUCAUGGACACAAACAUAAGCACGGACACAAGCACGAACACUGGAAUGACCACAAGCACAAGCAUGGACACAAACACGAGCAUUGGGGUAACCACGAUUACAAACACAAGCAUGAACACAAGCACGAAGACAAAUGGGACGGUUGGCAUGGAAAGGCCUAAAUGAUCUCACCUCUCCGGACCUUGGUUAAUAACUGAUUAACGAUUAAUCAAACAAAGCCACUUGGAAUUUCAUCAAUUGAACAUUUCAAAAUGGUUGACACAACACUUUAUACUCUUGCAAUAACUCAUAGUCUAUUCAUCUACAUCUCAUCUCUUCAAAAAAUUCAUCAGCUACUUAUACAUUUCACCAAGAUAUUUCAAAAGACAAAAAAUAUCAAUCAAAAUCUGUUAAUAUUCCCAUAAAUCCCUUUCAAUAUAAUACUUGUUAACCCAACAAUUAUAUUAAAUUCUGUAGUCAAAUUUUCAAAUUAAUCUGACAUCUUUUGUCACCAUGAAGCCCAUGCAAUUUUAUCAUUCCCCAUAAAUGAUUGAAAAAUUGUGUUGUGGGAAUCGCAUAACAUGAAAAAUUGUUAAAAAAAAGUAUUAGAA